GGAGCAGAUCUGACGGACUCUGCCUGGAUCAGCUGUGGAAAGUGAAUGGGGACAGCGACAUGUCAUUGAGAGCGGAAUAAUCGCCGAAACGCCGAUAUUUGAACGGGUUCUUCCACCGAGCCUCGCAAGACUGAAAAGAGCGUCUCAGUUCCCAACAGAAUAGCUUUGGAGACAUUGAUUAAGUUGGCGUUUAUGGGAGAAAUAUCGAUUAGACACCGCUGAGGCGACCCUGUCACUGGAUGGACGACAGAGAGCUUGAAGACAGCCGUUUGUCCGCGUUUCUCUCACGAAUGCGCUUGCUUUCUGACUGAUAACAACACAGACCGCGCGAAUAUCAAUUUUAGACUCCAUUUUAUUUGGGAAGAUAUGGAAAAAGACGAGGAAACCCCUUCAAAAUGAAAACAUGAAGUCGUCAUUAAUGCGGAUUUAAAUGUCUCGCGCUGAGGGUAACGUUAACGGACGCGCGUUUCCUCCUCACGAUCUCCAAGCUGCUGCAUUUCUCGCUCAAAAAUAUUAAUCACACUGAGCAGACGUGGAUAGACAAACAGAGAAGUAAGGAGAGGGAUAUUUGAAGCAAUAUGGCUGAUGGCUGGGGCUGGGGGCGCAGGCAGGAGCUCUCCAAAGCUUAAUCUCAAUGCUAGUUGUGGCAGACAUCAACGGAUCCUAUGGCAGCAGCUCUAGAAUGAGUAGUAAUAUCAAUCUGAAUAAAAACAAGGACACUUCUGUCUCUAUAUCGAAGAUGGACCUGAUCAUCCCUUUCUCACCAGACGUACCCUGUGACAACAAUGGUCAGCGCAUGUGGUGGGCUUUCCUCGCCUCAUCCAUGGUGACGUUCUUCGGGGGUCUCUUCAUCAUCCUCCUGUGGAGGACCCUUAAUUACCUGUGGACGGUCUGCUGCCAUUGCAACAUCAAACACAAGGAGGCACAGAAGGUGAAUAACCCUAUGAACAGUCAGGCUGAUGGCCCGCCGAAAAACCUGAAUGAUAAAGAUGACGCCCCAGCCAGCGAGGUGGGCUGGAUGACCUCAGUCAAAGACUGGGCAGGGGUCAUGAUCUCAGCACAGACCCUUACCGGCAGAGUUCUGGUGGUGUUGGUCUUUGCACUCAGCAUCGGAGCUCUGGGAAUAUACUUCAUAGAUUCUUCGGAUCCUAUAGAAUCCUGUCAGAAUUUCUACAAAGACUUCACGUUACAAAUAGACAUGGCAUUCAACGUUUUCUUCUUACUCUACUUUGGUCUGCGUUUCAUAGCAGCCAAUGAUAAGCUGUGGUUCUGGUUGGAGGUGAACUCAGUGGUGGACUUCUUCACAGUGCCACCUGUGUUUGUGUCAGUGUAUCUGAACAGGAGCUGGCUGGGUCUGAGGUUUCUAAGAGCCUUGAGAUUGAUACAGUUCUCAGAAAUUUUACAGUUUUUGAAUAUCUUAAAAACAAGUAAUUCCAUCAAGCUGGUGAACCUGUGUUCCAUCUUCAUAAGCACAUGGCUCACUGCUGCAGGAUUCAUUCAUCUGGUGGAAAACUCAGGGGAUCCAUGGGAAAACUUCCAAAACUCUCAGCCGCUCUCAUAUUGGGAAUGUGUGUACUUAUUAAUGGUCACUAUGUCCACGGUGGGAUAUGGAGAUGUCUGUGCAAGAACCACUCUUGGACGCCUUUUCAUGGUCUUCUUCAUUCUCGGUGGUCUGGCCAUGUUUGCCAGCUACGUCCCUGAAAUCAUAGAGUUAAUAGGAAACCGCAAGAAAUAUGGUGGUUCCUAUAGUGCGGUAAAUGGCAGAAAGCACAUUGUGGUCUGUGGUCAUAUCACGCUCGAAAGUGUUUCCAACUUCCUUAAAGACUUCCUACACAAGGACAGGGAUGAUGUCAAUGUAGAAAUUGUUUUUCUUCAUAAUAUUUCCCCUAAUCUUGAGCUGGAAGCCUUGUUCAAACGUCACUUCACUCAGGUGGAAUUCUAUCAAGGAUCGGUCCUCAACCCGCAUGAUCUAGCAAGAGUAAAGAUCGAGUCAGCGGACGCCUGCUUGAUUCUUGCAAACAAAUACUGUGCAGACCCCGAUGCUGAAGAUGCCUCUAAUAUCAUGAGAGUAAUAUCUAUCAAGAAUUACCAUCCAAAGAUCAGAAUAAUCACUCAAAUGUUGCAGUACCACAACAAGGCCCAUCUGCUAAACAUUCCCAGCUGGAACUGGAAGGAGGGUGAUGAUGCGAUCUGCCUGGCCGAGCUGAAGGCAGGCUUCAUAGCCCAGAGCUGCCUGGCACAGGGCCUGUCCACCAUGCUCGCCAACCUCUUCUCCAUGAGGUCAUAUAUCAAGAUUGAGGAGGACACAUGGCAGAAGUAUUAUCUGGAGGGAGUGGCCAAUGAAAUGUACACUGAGUACCUGUCCAGUGCCUUUGUGGGGCUUUCGUUUCCUACUGUUUGUGAGCUGUGCUAUGUGAAGCUCAAGUUGUUGUUGAUCGCUGUUGAGUACAAGUCAGAGCAGAGGGAAAGCAGAAGCAGAAAGCGUAUUCUGAUCAACCCGGGAAAUCAUGUUAAGAUGCAGGAGGGGACACUGGGAUUCUUUAUCGCCAGUGAUGCCAAAGAGGUGAAAAGAGCAUUUUUCUACUGCAAAGCAUGUCAUGAUGACAUCACAGAUCCCAAAAGGAUUAAAAAGUGUGGCUGCAAGAGAAUAAAGGAGGAAGUUAUACCGACUUUUCAAAACCGCUCAAUCAAACUGGCCAACAGCAUGGCUGUUCCCAACUCUCUUCCCAGUGUGCUGCCGGUUAUAGAGUGCUCCACGACUGCCAUACCUCUUGUUAAUAACCGUAAAGGAAGUCUUCUCCCUCUGGCACUGCCCUCUCAGUCACGCCUCAGCCUGGCUGGUCUGAACCGGGCCCGCAGCCUACCCGGAAAAUACCGCUACCGCCCCAGCACCUUGUCCUCCACGCUCACCCCCACACACUUCGAAGAUGAGCAUCCGUCAACACUGUCGCCCAAAAAGAAGCAACGCAAUGGAGGCAUGCGAAAUUCACCCAACUGCUCACCCAAAAUGACGAGACACGACCCUCUACUCAUUCCGGGAAAUGAGCAGAUUGAGAACAUGGAUGCUAAUGUGAAAAGAUACGACUCUACUGGAAUGUUUCACUGGUGUCCGUCCAAAGAUAUUGAGAAGGUCAUUUUGACACGCAGCGAGGCCUCCAUGACGGUUUUAAGUGGACAUGUAGUAGUGUGUAUAUUUGGAGAUGUCACGUCAGCUUUAGUGGGGCUUCGAAACUUGGUGAUGCCUUUGAGAGCAAGCAACUUCCAUUACCACGAGCUAAAGCCCAUCGUGUUUGUGGGCUCAUUAGAUUAUCUGAGAAGAGAGUGGGAAACCCUUCACAACUUCCCCAAAGUCUCCAUCUUACCUGGUACGCCAUUAAGUCGAGCUGAUUUAAGGGCCGUCAACAUCAACCUCUGUGACAUGUGCGUUAUCCUGUCAGCCAAUCAGAACAAUAUCGACGAUGCUUCACUGCAGGACAAGGAAUGCAUCUUGGCGACUCUUAACAUCAAAUCUAUGCAGUUUGAUGACAGCAUUGGGGUCUUGCAGGCUAAUUCCCAAGGUUUCACACCUCCAGGGAUGGAUAGGUCAUCUCCAGAUAACAGUCCAGUGCACGGCUUAGUGCGGCAGACAUCCAUCACCACGGGAUCAAACAUCCCGAUCAUAACUGAACUUGCUAAGCCUGGCAAACUACUGCCUUUGGUUUCAUUCAGUCAGGAAAAAAACAGUGGAACCAACAUACAAAUGAUAACAGAACUGGUGAAUGACUCCAACGUUCAGUUUUUGGACCAAGACGACGACGACGACCCAGAUACGGAGCUGUAUCUGACCCAGCCGUUUGCCUGCGGUACCGCAUUCGCCAUCAGCGUGUUGGACUCCCUGAUGAGUGCGACAUACUUCAAUGAUAAUAUCCUCACCCUGAUCCGGACGCUGGUCACAGGAGGCGCCACUCCGGAGCUGGAGGGCCUGCUGGCUGAGGAGAAUGCGCUGAGAGGUGGCUACAGCACGCCGCAGACGCUGGCUAACAGGGACAGGUGUCGGGUCGCCCAGCUGGCCCUCUACGAUGGGCCCUUCGCAGACUUGGGGGAUGGUGGUUGCUACGGAGACUUAUUUUGUAAAGCAUUAAAAACGUACAACAUGCUGUGCUUUGGAAUCUAUAGAUUGCGAGAUGCACAUUUAAGUUCAUCAAGCCAGUGCACAAAAAGAUAUGUCAUCACAAACCCACCUUAUGAGUUUGAGCUGGUGCCCACGGACCUGAUCUUCUGUCUGAUGCAGUUUGACCACAACGCGGGCCAGUCCCGAGCGAGCCUGUCCCACUCCUCCCAUUCCUCUCAUUCAUCCAGCAAGAAGAGCUCAUCUGUUCACUCCAUCCCCGCCACGAACCGGCAGAACCGCAGCAGCAAAGCACGUGAAGCCCGUGACAAACAGAAUGCAACAAGGAUGAGUAGAAUGGGCCCAGAAAAGAGAUGGUUUACAGAUGAAGCAGAAAACGCAUACCCAAGGAACAUUCAAAUCAAGCCCAUGAGCACUCACAUGGCCAACCAAGUCAAUCAGUACAAAUCCACUAGCAGUCUGAUUCCACCUAUCCGAGAAGUCGAAGAUGAAUGCUGAACGAAUCCCCUGCCUUUACCAUUACAGAGGGACGUGGGUCAUCCUGCUGUAAAAGACGAGCGCUAAUCACGAAUCCAUGACUGUGAUGAUGGAGACACAUUGUUCUUGCUCGAAUGAGAACUGGAAGGGACUUCCUAUGUGUAUACCUUUAAUUUUACUUCCAUACUUUUAUAUAUGUAUACAUAGUGAUGUACAUAAUGACAAUCAAGGAAGGAUUGUGCAGCCCCUAGCACUUUUUGAAAUUGUUAACAGACAAACAAAAGAAAGUACUUCCUGUGAUUCAUUGCAAUGCAUUUCACCUCUGCCGUGACCUGACUCCAUGCAGAGGGCGCUAUAAUGGAGGAUGAGGGUCACCGUCGUUCACUUCAUCCAAACACUACCCAAAGAUCAGCCCUGCCAAUUGAGUUGCGUAUCCGUUGUCACUUUCGUUUUGCACUACCACAUAAUAAACUGAGCACUGCUCGCAGAAGAGUCAAAGCUUUCCCUGGGUUCUCCUCUGAGUUUGGGGCUGACGUCACAGGCUGAGGCUGUUAACUGAAAGGUUUUGUUCAGGGAAACAAGUGCUUGUGUGACUGUAUUUGUGCAUGGUGUGUGCCGAAGGCUGCCUGAAGUAACCUGAACGUGUGGCUCAGGAAAGGAUGACCAUUUCCAUCCAUACAGACCAUUUAGGCACAUAUACACAUGGAAAUGUUUGCUGUACCUAAUGCAAAUGGCUGUCCCCAACGUAGCUCUUCAGAAUUGGCAAUACAUUGAGGAUAUGCA